CAUGGAUCCAUCCAGCCAGCCAGCACAAAGGUAUGGACAUCAUCUACACAAGAGCCGCCCUCCUGCUGCAGCCACCAGCAGCCAGGGGGCCACGAUAGUACUGGCCGGUCAGGGGCAAUCAGUGGAUGGCCACAAUGUGUGAUCUGAACCACACAGACAACCAAACACAGCCGUGAGCAGCAGCAGAGGAGAGAGGCGGUGGUCUGCGAGUCGCUUUGCGUACCUAACUUUAUGUGAGUUGAUUGCUGCUGCUGUCCUCAUCCAUCUCAUCGACACUCCUGUGAGACAGACAGACAGACAGCCACGUGUGUACUCAUGAGUGCCCCCAUCCCUCCCCUCCGCCCUCAACUCACUGGUCGUCCUCCGUGUGUUGUUGUUGCUGCUCGUCAUCGUCGUCAAUCAUAUCGCCAUCAUGCUCCUCUUCUCCCCAGUCGCCGCCCAUGCAAUCCUCCACGCCGUCCUGCACACACACAGACCACACACAUUGAUGACAUGGCAUGUGUGCGCGCGUGUGCCUCCUUCCACCUCAUCCAGAUCGUCGCCGUCCCCGCCGCCCUCCAGGCCGUCCUCAGCCAUACCGUCCUGCACACACACACACAACAAGGAAUCAUCACAUGCAUGUGACUGUCUGCCCCUUCUUCCCUGACCUCAUCGAUGUCAUCCUCCUCAUCUAGGUCGUCGUCGCUCGAGCCAUCAUCAUCAGAUGACUCCUCGCCCCACACCGCACCGGGCGGCCCCCUCUGGUCCAUCCCCUCCCACCCAGAUAUCACCUUCACCACACACUGACCUCCCCCCGCCCCGCCCACCACCACACGGCCAUCAAACACACACUCGAAUGGCUUGCCAUUGCCGAAUCCACUGUCGAUGUCAGGCAGCUUGUAGUGCAGCGCCUCCUCACACCGAAUAAGGUGGAUCACGUCACGGAGGCCAUACACGAUGCCCUCGUCUACCUGCCCGCCCUCUUCCUCUCCCUGGCUGUCUGAUGUGUCCGUGUGUGUGAUGUGUGGUGUGACGAAGGCAGUGUGGCGGAACAGACGGCGCCGCACAGACGGGCUGGCCACAUUGCAGACACGCGAGACGAAGAAAGACAGUGCCGCGUUGAGCCGCCGCCCGAGUGGCGUGCGGGCUGAGAAGGGCAGAGAGGGGGGCUCUAUCUUCGAGGCAAUCUGACUGCACAACACACCCACACCGAACACAGAGUGGGAAGCCGACAGGGCAGACACAGUGCGCAGAGGGGCGAGGGACGUGUUGAUGAAGCGCAUGGCGUGUGUGGGGACAGAGCGAUUGAGAUAGUCGUGAUACACCGACAAAAUGCGGCGCUUCUGUCUGGCUGUCGUGCGAAAGUGUGUGAGUGCUCUGUCUACCGAUGCCCCCAGGUGAAUCAGAUGGUGUGCAGCAGUGUCGUGGCCUCCCCUCACAAACUCGACAAGGGGUGGCAGCGACCCACCACCGUCUACGUGAGCUCCUGCCUCACGCACCAGAAGUGAAAUGACAUCGACAUCCCAGUGAGCACAAGGGAGGGUAAACACAUCGGCCCUCGCUCCCUGCUGCCUCACCAGCCAAUACAUCACAGCCCUGUUCCGCGCCUCUGCGGCAACAUUUAGCGCAUCUCUGCCUCUGUACCCCUCUACCACCCCCCGUCCCAUCCCCUCGACCAGCUUCUCGAGGAUUGCGAUGUGGGGGUCUGUCUGGCCAUCGUGCGCCGCAUCCUGCUGCUGCUGCUGGUGCUGCUGCUGCUGCUGGUGCUGCUGGUGCUGCUGGUACUGCUGGUGCUGCUGCUGCUGCUCAUCCGAUUGCUGGUCCUCGUCCUGUCGGAAGCGGCACGCACAUGCCUCCUCGAGAGCCCCGUCUCCGUAGAGGCUGGGUGGUGUGGGUGCCGCUGCUGCGGCAGUGGUCAGGCGAGUGACGAUCUCCAGGCACUCCUUCGCCGAGACCUCUUCCAUGGGCAAAGAGCGACGACAGCGCACCACCACCAUAAUAGCCGCACGUCGCUCCGUGCCUCAGGAGGGUCUCAACCAUGGGCAGGAGGGCCCACAGCUGAGUGGGGUCGUCCCGACGCACGCGGUCUAGCAAGGAGCCCAGUGGUCUCUCGUGCAUAAUGCUGCGAGGCUCAAAGUUCACAUCUGCUCCAGCCUCGAUGAGGCACUCCAGCGUCGCGGCACCAUCCUCUCCGACACACUUCUCAACGGCCAGAUGCAACAGGGAAGGCCAACGCUCCAGCCAGCCGCCCGGCCAGCCGCCCUUGCGGUACCGCCCGUUGGGGUCGGCCUUCUCUUGCGUCAGCAGCUGGGCCGCUGCGUCAGGUGAGAGGGAGCCAUAGUGGAGCCCGAAGGCCAACUCCUUGGUGGCCGAGAGGGCAAAGGCUGGUGGCCCGCCGCGUGACAGAGCUACCGCGAAGGGCUCGCCGGGCUGCUGCUGUGGCUCAGAGUCAGACAUCGCCAGAUCUCACCGGCCGCUGCUGGUGCACCUCACAGUCCGUCCACGGCGGGAUGGGUCACCAUGGCAAAGCUUCCUGACUUGCGUGUGUGGCAGUGACACACCUCGCCGCUAUGUCUUCCAACCUGACACACCAUGCACCGACAGGCAAGGGCACAUGAAUGCAUGCAGGCUUGCCAGAUCCGUGCGUUCCUUUCCUUCCCAUCGCAUGCGAAUGCUUACCGUCGUCAUGGUGGUUGGUUGGUUAUGUGCGCACCAUCACCAGCAUUGCGGCGCACCA